UGCCUGGAGCCCUGCAAAGAGUCCUGGGACCUGAAGAAAAACCAUUGCCAAAGCUUCUGUGAUCCUCUUUUCCCCAAGAAGAAUUAUGAAUGCCUAACUAGCUGUGAAUUCCUUAAGUACAUCCUGUCUGUGAAGCAAGGGGACUGCCCAGCACCUGAGAAGGCCAGUGGUUUUGCAGCUGCCUGUGUUGAAAGUUGUGAAGCUGAUAAUGAGUGUUCUGGAGUGAAGAAAUGCUGUUCCAAUGGAUGUGGGCAUACAUGCCAAGUUCCAAAAAAUCUGUACAAAGGUGUUCCACUGAAACCCCGGAAAGAAUUAAAAUUCAUAGAACUUCAGUCUGGUGACCUAGAGGUGAAGUGGUCUUCAAAAUUCAAUAUUUCCAUUGAGCCUGUGAUCUAUGUUGUUCAGAGAAGGUGGAAUCAAGGAAUCCAUCCAAGUGAGGAUGAUGCUACCAACUGGCAAACUGUGGCACAGACUACAGAUGAGCGGGUUCGGCUGCCAGACAUCCGAGCAAGCAGGUGGUACCAGUUCCGCGUGGCAGCUGUGAAUGUGCACGGGACGAGAGGCUUCACGGCACCCAGCAAACACUUUCGAUCCUCAAAAGAUCCAUCUGCUCCACCAGCUCCAUCUAAUAUCAGAAUCGCCAAUAUCAGUGCAAACAAUGAUGGGAGUGUAAAUGUAAUGAUUACUUGGGAUCUUCCAGAAGAGCCUGAUAUCCCAGUGCACCAUUACAAAGUCUUCUGGAGCUGGACAUAUAGCAAAUAUGUAAUCCCAGCCAAAAAAAAGAGAAGGAAGAUUACUGAUGGGGCCCAAAAUUAUGUGGUCCUGGAAGGACUCCAGCCCAACAGCAACUACAAUGUAGAACUGCAGGCAGUAACACGCUGGGGCCAGAUACGCCUAAAAAGUGCUAAGGUUUCUCUUCAUUUUAGUACAACUCAGGACACCAGGAAUAAUAAGGAACGAACAUCUGCUGCUGGGAAACUCCAGAAAGGACUGGUAGAUCCUUACCCAACCUUUCAAAGAAGAAAACCCACUCGUUUUCUUAAAAUUGGAAGUCCUUUCUAUCAGGACAAUCAACUUCAGGUCAAAGUAUACUGGAAGAAGACAGAUAUCAGCAUGAAUCAAUUCCAAGUCCACUGGUUACUGGAGUCCUGUGCGCACAAUGACACCAAAGGACGCGGGAAACUAACAGAGCUGACUUACGAAAACUACAUAAUUCUGAAGGACCUGGCAUUUUCAUGCAAAUACAAAGUAACUGUUCUGCCUGCAAAAUCUAAAGGUCGUUUUAAGGCUGAGAGUAUUUUCUUUGUUACCCCACCUUGCUCUGCAUUUAAAGAAAAAACCCACAAGCACAUUAAUUUUUAAGGAGUGCCAGUUCUACCCAAAGUGUUGGCCAAACCCGAGAAUCUGUCUGCGUCUUUCAUUGUUCAGGAAGGUAACAUCACUGGCCAUUUUUCCUGGAAGAUAUCCAAGGCAGACCUUCACCAGCCCAUGACAGGGUUCCAAGUCACUUGGGCAGAAGUAACCACGGAAAGCCGGCAGAACAGCUUACCCAACAGCAUCAUUUCACAGUCACAGAUACUGCCAGCAGAUCAUUAUGUACUUACUGUGCCCAAUCUGAGGCCAUCAAUGCUGUACCGCUUGGAAGUUCAAGUGCUGACGACUGGUGGGGAAGGGCCAGCUACAAUAAAAUCAUUUCGAACACCCGACCUUCCUCCAUUUUCACCCCACAGACCUCAUCUGAAGCAACAUCAUCCACAUCACUACAAGCCAUCCCCAGAGAAAUAUUAG